AUGUUUUCGUUCUUCAGAAGCCCGCAGGUCCCUAGCAUUGUCCCGACGGACACUAUUGUCCCGCUGAGCGCCGGCGAUGACAAUUUCGUAAAUAAAAGCAUCGUCAUGUUGUUCAUGAUGCGCUUUGACGACGUUCUUGAUCCCGACAAGUUGAGAGUUUCUCUGGAGAAACUCCUUGAACGCGAUGGUUGGCGCAAGCUGGGAGCACGGUUAAGACUCAAUGCGAACAAAAAGCUAGAGUACCAUAUACCUGCUGAGUAUGGUCCAAAGAGGCCAGGCAUCGCGUACUCUCACGUCACGUAUCACGUGGAUAUCGAAGAGCACCCUCUAGCUUCAAGGUUACCAAAAGCCAGCUUAAAGCCAGCUGUUGUCGGGGAUUCCACCGAUUUCCUACACUUCACGCAUGCUUCCAAUGGACCGAAGAGCCUGGAUGACUACAUCUACUACGACAGGCCGCAACUUGCUCUGCACAUUGUAACAUUCAACAACGCCACGCUGGUGUCCCUUAAUUGGCUGCAUACUUUGUUCGACGCCCUGGGACGCCAAGAGCUGAUCACCGCAUGGACAGCAAUGCUCGAUGGGCGCGAGGACGACAUCAAGCCGUUUCAUGGCUUUGGCGACGACCCUCUGGCAGAUCUUGGAACGAAGCCGAAAGAGGAGUACGUGUUGGCCGACAAGCUUUUGUCCAAAUGGCAAAUGGCAUGGUUCGUUUUUCGCCAGAUCUGGGAAACCAUAUACUACCGGGAAGAGGAGACAAAGCUAGUCUGCAUGCCUGCCACGUACUUGAAAAAGCUGAAGUUAUUGGUAAAUCAGGAGGUUAAGGCUCAAAAUGCCGGCAGUGGCACAGCUUUUGCUAGUGAAGGCGAUGUUGUGUCCGCUUUCAUAACUCGCCUGUUUAUCCAGCACCUACCUAGCACGUCAAACCAGACCAUCGUCAUCAUGAACGCUUUUGGACUGCGUUCUGCCCUAGCCGACGACUACCUCCCACCCGACAGGGCCUACGUUGGAAAUGCGGUUACCGCAGUGUUGGCAAUCUCAUCGGCGAAGGAUAUCCUCGCCAAUCCGCUUAGCUACACGGCCUGGGCCGUACGCAAGGCCAUCAUUGACCAAGGUAGCAGAGAGCAACUCGAAGCCCGAAUUGCCGCCCAAAAGGCCAUGGGCUUCCCCCUAUAUGGUGACGGUGGCAUGCAGAUGAUCACGGUCUCGAACUGGUCAAAGGCGAAGUUCUUCGAAGCAGAUUUCUCCGCGGCAGUGAUCAAAAAGGGUGCUGACUCGAACACGCGUCCCGAUCGAUUGGGGAAGCCAGCCUUUGUCAUGGGCGAUACAAUCUCCAAGGGAAUCAGCCUCCGAAAUGCCUCCAACGUGGUAGGUAGAGAUGCCGAUGGCAAUGUUUGGCUAGGAGGUGUUUUGCGCAAGGGACUAUGGCCAAAGAUUGCUGAGGCUCUGGAAACCGAUUCUUAUUGA